AUGUGCGAGCACAAUUUUCUUGGUUCUGGCUAUGUUAGUCCAAUGUUUAAUUAUCCAACUGCGGAUUCGUUGCCUUUCUCCAACUGGCCCAAUGGCGCCCAUCCGUCCGGACUCGCGCAGAUCUACGGCAGAAGAGAGGUGUGUUCACUCCCGUGGACAUCACCAAGUUCGUGUACAAACCCGCCACAGAUUCUUGCCUUUAGUGGCUAUUCUAAGCCGCUUAUUACUAAUUCUGUAGCGGUGAAUGUCCACAACAAAGGAGACGCAUGUAAAUACUACGGUGAAGAUUCAACUCCCAAAGCAGAAUUGCCGGACAAACACACUACAGCAUUUACCGGUGAGCAUGGGAUAUCAGCAACUGCCAGUUUUAGCAAAUGUGACUUUUCAGACUUGGACAAACGGUUGCAGAACACCGUAGCACAGACUGGGUUGAAUUCCAACAGCCAUGGGAUAAUCGAUAGCACUGAACAGCUUGAACCUUCCACUGUCCCGGUACAGUCCACAUCGAGUUCUCAGAACACCAGUGCAGCUUUUACGGACGGACUCCCAUGGUGUCCUGCUCAAAUGAGAGCCAGAAAGAAGAGGAAACCUUACACAAAGCCACAGCUGGCUGAACUUGAGAAUGAAUUUAUGAUCAGCGAAUUCAUAAACCGUCAAAAACGAAAAGAGCUGUCUGAUAGACUGGACUUAAGUGAUCAACAAGUAAAAAUCUGGUUUCAAAAUCGAAGAAUGAAAAAGAAACGUUUAUUAAUGCGCGAGCAUGCUUUCUCCGUGCAAUGAAGAUAAAUCAGUGUUUCUCUUUUUUGGUACAAAUUACCAAAUGAUUUAGGGAAUUUAAUACAACUGUAUUUUUAUGACAACAUUCUAAGUAUAUGAACGAAUCGACAGAAUUAGCAAUAUUUAUUUCCGCGAAUAAUGGUCUAGCUGAUGUAAAAAUGUAUUUUUUUUCCAAUGUAACGCUUUUUGUAACAUAAGAGGCAAUUAUACACCAGUUAUUAAAUGAAAAUGCAACAUUGG